AUGACGGGGAGCAGUCCCUUGAGUGAUAGCAGCACACCAUUAGCCGCCUCUGACGACGAGCCGAACGUCACAUGCGGGGGCAGGCGGCACCGCGUGCUGAUGGUGUGCGACUUCUUCUUCCCCAACUUCGGCGGCGUGGAGAGCCACAUCUACCUCCUCGCGCAGUGCCUGCUGCAGCGCGGCCACAAGGUGGUGGUGCUGACGCACGCAUACGGCGACCGAGUGGGAGUGCGCUACCUCACCAAUGGCCUCAAGGUCUACUACGCGCCGCGCCGUGCCGUGUGGCUGCAGGCCACACCCCCGUCUCCGCUGCCAUGCCUGUCGCUGCCACUGUUCCGCGCCAUAGUGGUUCGGGAGCGCAUCGCCAUCGUGCACGCGCACCAGAGCUUCGCCCCCAUGUGCCACGACGCGCUGCUGCACGCCCCCACGCUGGGCCGCCGCGCUGUCUUCACCGACCACUCGCUCUGUGGCUUCGCUGAUGCUGCCAGCAUCCACAUGAACAAGCUGCUGCAGUUCUCAACAGCGGGCAUUCACGCGGCCAUAUGUGUGUCCCACACAAGCAAGGAGAACACCGUGCUGCGCGCUGCGCCCUCCCUGCCGCCGCACCGAGUGGCUGUCAUCCCCAACGCCGUUGACGCCAACAACUUCCUCCCCGACCCAACCCGCUGCCCGCCCCCCCCACCUGCUGCCCUUGCUGCUGCCCCUACUACGGGUGCUGCUGGGGAAGCCGCUGCUGCUGUUGGUUUGCGCAGCGAGGGGGCUGGAGGACGAGCAGCAGGGGAGGAUGGAGAAAGGGAUGUGGAGGAUGAGGGUAGUGCCGUGCUGUGCAGAGCUGCAGGCAGUGGGGGUGGGGCAGCAGCAUGUGCAGCAGGGGGAGGAGCAAAAGGUGGGGCAGGAGGGGCUGUGGGGCAGAGAGAGGCAGUCGGGGGUGGGGGAAGAGGGGAGGAGGCAACGAGGGAGGGAGGGGCAAGGGGAGCGUGGAGCAGAGAAGAGGCGGAGAGAGCAGCAAGCAUGACACACCCUCCAGCGGCUGAGGUGGUGGGGAGGGUGGGACCAUCAGGAGCAGAGGGGCUCGAGCACAGUGGCAUGGCAGUGGCUGCUGGGCGGGACAGGGAAGACAGCAUGGGGGUUGGCAUGGAGGCGAGCUUGGGGGUUGGUUCAGAGAUGCGAGGGGGAGAGGGGUCGGAGAUGGAGGUGGUGAUAGUGGUGAUCAGCCGCCUCGUGUACCGCAAGGGUGCUGACCUCCUCGUCGACGUCAUCCCCGCCGUCUGCCACCGCUUCCCCAAUGUGCGGUGGAUAAUAGGGGGCGAUGGCGCCAAGAGGGGGCGGCUGGAGGAGAUGAGGGACCGCCACGGGCUGCACCACCGCGUCACCAUGCUGGGCGCCGUGCCGCACAGCCAAGUGCGCUCCGUGCUCAUCCAGGGCCACAUCUUCCUCAACAGCUCGCUCACCGAGGCCUUCUGCAUCGCCAUCCUCGAGGCCGCCUGCUGCGGCCUCUUCGUCGUUGCCACGCGUGUCGGCGGCGUGCCCGAGGUGCUGCCGCCCGACAUGAUGCUGCUGGCGGACCCCAACCCGCCUGACAUCGUGGAGGCCAUCGCACAGGCCAUUCAGAUUGUGCCACGUGUCAACCCCCAGGCCAUGCACGAGAGGGUGUCGCGCAUGUACAGCUGGCAUGACGUGGCAGAGCGCACGGAGCGCGUGUACGACCGCGUCAUGGCCAUGCCUCUCGAUGACCUCCCCACCCGCCUCUCCAGGUACUACGCGUGUGGGGUGGUGGCAGGGAAGGUGUUCUGCCUCGUGGUGCUCCUCAACUCGCUGCUUGCUGCAAUCCUCGCCCUUCUGCAG